AUGUCUGAGAUGAAGGAGGUGUGGCAUGAGUGUACCGACAUCCCUCUCGUCUCCGCCGAGGUUAAGAGCCUGCUGGAAUCUGGCAGCUUCUGCACUAGCAAGCUGGCAGCGCUCACUGCUGAGGCUUCUGGUGCAGAAAAGACGGCAACCAGCCAGAAUCUUGCUCCCAGGGAGACUGGCAUGGCUGUUGCUGCUGCCGCGGCUGCCGGCUUUGUCUUUGCUGCGAUGCAAUGA